AUGUCAGUCACGAUGAUUGAGCCAGCUCUCGAUGCCGAUCGUCACGCGGAAAACGUACGAAAACGAAUGGAGGUGCUGUCCGUUAGGUUCAGGGGUGCGGCCGGUGGGUCCGACGCGGAGAGCGACGAGGGCGGUGCCAAUUCGGAACGGGAGUUUGGUGUCACAAGGAUAUGCGAAAUGCAACGAGAGAUGAUUGAGUUGAAGCAGAAGAUUGCCGAUGAUAGCCAACAGUGGCAGCGAGAGAAACAGAAGUCUAUGGACACCGAGAGGGCACUGGAGGCAAAAGUAGCAUCACUUGCCGCCUACUUGAAACGUUUUGAAGGGGAGGCGUUUUGGGUGACGAUGGAGCUUGACUUGUGGAAGGAAGAGGUUUUCGACUCCGAUCGACUGGUCGACGAGUUAAAGGCAGAGAUCGGCCGGCAAUCGCUGGAGUUGAAAGAUAGCGCUCAAGUUACAGAAAGACUGCGUCGGGAACUGGAGGCCACUAAGGAGGAGGUGAAUGGCGUGAAGGGUUUGCUUCAGGAGAGCUGCGCUCUGGCGAUGAGGCUCUCGAUGAGCAACGAGGCGUUGGUCACUAAGAACCAUCAGUUGGAACAGAUGACUAUACACUCGUAUGAGGCAGUUGAGAGGUACACGACCCAAUUGCUGGGAACCUUGUUCAACUCGAUCGCACACUAAAUGGCAGCCAACUAAUUCACUCCAUUCAUUUAGUGUACCUGGACAUACUGUAUAACGGUAUUUAGUUGGGCAAUAGUUUGUUUAUUUCUUAUAUUUUAAUCGCAUGUUUUUACCCCAGUAACUAUAUAUUUAUAUAUUGUAUGUUUCGCUAGAAUUCUGUUUUAGUGAAUCUUAUUUUUAAUACCA